AUGCUGAUCGGCGGCCAGGGCGUCGGCCGCCAGGUGCGCAGCGCCUCCAACACCCGGGCCUCGCCCGUCACAACGCCCGCCUCCUGCGACGACGACGUGCUGCUGACGGGCGCGCCGCGCGCCAGCCGCCGGCGCGGCCGCAAGAAGCGUUCCACUCACUACCAGGAGGCCGACAUCCUGGAGCUGCCGGCCAGCUACUGCCGCAGCUCUGUGGCCGACAAGAUCUCGGACUACGAGGACAUUUGGGCGUCGCCACCGCGCGAACUGCAGCCGGAGAGCACGUUCAAGCCCCGCACGGCCGCUCGCUCCAUGAAUGACCUGAGCGACGCCGCUCGCGGCGCUGCCGAGCCGCCGGCCGCCGCCAGCGACCGGACGGCGCUGCGCCUCGAGCUCGAGGCGCGCAACACGGCCCUGAGGCUCUCCGAGUCAACAGAGGAGCAGUCGGAGGCGGCGGCGCCGCCGGCCUUCUCCAAGGAGGAGGAAAGUCGUAUCGUGCAGGCCUACGUGCGGCAGAGUUUGACGCAGAUGGCGGCGCCGGCGGCGACCGCGCCCGAACCCUCCGACUCGCACGCGUCCGACUAUGACAACGUGCGUUCGACGAGCCGCCCGCCGACGACCGCUUUUUUCACCGACUCCGAGUCGUUCGUGCACGUGUGCCAGGAGGCGGCCAUGACGGACGACGACACGGCUGCGUCGGAGGGCACGGCCGCCCGGCUGUACCCGCAGCGGCUGCCGCUGCCACGGGCCCCACAGGAGUCGCUCUACUCUCCUCCUCGGCUGAACUCCCUCCGCCUUCACCGGAGGAGUCAGCAGUCGGGUGGCGCCAUCAAGCAGUACGUGCUGCAGCUGGCGGCCGACAGCGCCAACACCUUCUCGUUGAACGUGCUCAAGUUUCUGCAGUGCACACGGGAGGCGACGGAGACCGAUCCACACGUGGUCAUGAGAAACACGCGCCAGUUUGUCAACGGCAUGAAGAACUACUUGGUGAAGAAUGGCGAGGGUGAUUUUCACCAGAUCGUCAACCAGGAAAGGGACAAGCUGUCGUCCACUGAGUUCCUGAACCUGGACGUGAUCCUGGAGGGUGUGCUGGAGGAGUUGCUGGUGCGACCCUUGUACGACCACAUCAGCCAGCUGGCGGCGGAGGAUGCGCGCCGCAGUGGCGCCGUCCAGCGACUGGCUGAGAACCUUGAGUUCGCUCGCGGCCGCUCGGCGUCCUCGCUGGGGCUGAAGUCGGAGCGUCCGCCGCCGUCCGCCGCCGCACUGGAGAUGAUUCGUCGUUCGGCGGUUGAGAUGCAGGCCGCCAUCAGCCCGCUGGACAAGCUGGAGCACCUGCUGGCGGUGAUAUCAGCGCUGUUCGCCGCCGCCGGCGCCAAAGAUGCCUCCCUGCCGGCCGACGAGUUUUUGCCGCUGCUGAUCUUCACGCUCGCUCACUGCCACGCCACCACCAUAGAGUUUGAGGCCGACUACAUGUGGGGCCUGCUGCACCCUAUGUUGCUAAACGGCGAGGCCGGCUACUACCUGACCAUGCUGUCCUCGGCCGUGCACGUGCUGAAGAACCUGCAGCACUACCUGGAGGACCGGUCGCGCGAGUCCACCAGGAGCCUGUCACACUGUUCUGGCUCGUGCAGCGGCGCUGACUCGGUGGACGGCCUGCUGCGAGUCAUCAUCCCUGACGAGCAGCAGGGCACCAUCAUCAGUCGCACACUGCCGGCGCGGCCCAACACGAGCGCCCGAGACAUCUGCAAGAUGCUCGGCAACAAGCUGCGUAUCACCAGUCCCAUCGAUUACGGUCUCUUCAAACUCAUCAACGGCAACGAGACCCUGCUCGGCGACCAGGAGUGUCCGCAGCUGCUCAAGCAGGAGCUGACCGCCAGCGGAACGCACUGUAUGCUCGCCUACAAACGGCUCGAGGCCAAGAUCGCCUGGCCCACGGCGCAGCUCUGAGUGACGUCACGAUGGUGGCCCGCGGCGGCGUCACGGCUCCGCGCGGCCUGGAGUGGCGUCACUGUGCGUCCGAGGCGCGCCCUCGUGUGUGUGUGCGUAUCGUCAGUGGUUCUUUUUGUACUCAGUUUUACACUUGGCGUGCGUCAGCGGCGCUCUCGUGACUAGAUUUGGUCUGCGCCGGUGUAGCGCUCCGUCUCGCAGUGGACAGCGCCAGUACGGCGCUCGCUCGGAGUGGGGGGGGGGGGGGGGGAGGGCAGCUCGAGGCCUGAGGUCUGGCAGCGCCGCGGCCGAUAUCCAGCGCCACUGGCACGCGGUGGAUGAGGAGUGACGAUGCCGUCAGCCGACCUGGCUGAGCCCAGAGAGCCAUGUGCAAUGAGUGGGUCUGUCUGCGUGUGUGGGCGCGUCGUGAAAUUUGGAAUAAUCUAGUCAGUUAGCUACCAUGGAUCGUUUUCUACUUUGUUAACUGUAAUACAUUUCUGU